AACACGGGUAGUGACUUCACGAGAUCACUCUUAUUCAGGGGAAGGUCGUUUCUGCCUUUAACUUAUCAUAUAUAAUUGUAUUUGCAAUUUUGCAUUAGAGCAACGUUUCCUUGGGCUUGGGGUCUUCUCUUCAGAACGUUAUCAUGGAAUCGUUUUUCUUCAAAACGAUGGUAUCCCACAACGAGACGUUCCAGCAGCAGAUGCAGGUUCCUUUGGCGGGGAUGGAUUUGUCGUGGAUGGCUGAGUUUGUGGAGGGUAUGGCGAAGCCUGUGGCUGCCACCGUGGUGGUUUUUGUGGCUGUGGUAUUGUCGUUUUGGCAGAAGCUGGGGCUUGAGUGGGAGAUGGUUUACGCCAUGUUGAGGGCAUUUCUUCAGCUCUCUGUUAUUGGGUUUGUGUUGCAGUUCAUAUUCAACCAGGACAACGCUGGAUGGAUCAUUCUUGCAUACCUUUUCAUGGUGUGUGUUGCUGGUUACACAGCGGGUCAACGAGCGAAACAGGUCCCUCGAGGGAAAUAUGUGGCUGGUGCAUCCAUUCUUAUAGGAACAGCAGUGACCAUGUUGGUACUAGUAUUACUCAACGUGUUCCCUUUCACUCCCAGAUACAUAAUCCCCGUAGCAGGCAUGAUGGUCGGAAACGCAAUGACAGUAACCGGUGUUACCAUGAAAAGACUCCGCGACGACAUCAAAACACAAAUGAACUUGGUUGAGACGGCAUUAGCAUUAGGUGCAACUCCGCGAGAAGCUACGCAUCAGCAAGUGAAAAAGGCUUUGGUUUUGGCCCUUUCGCCAGUAGUGGACAACGCUAAAACUGUGGGUUUGAUAUCGCUGCCAGGGGCAAUGACGGGUCUUAUUAUGGGAGGGGCUUCUCCAUUGGAAGCCAUUCAACUACAGAUUGUGGUGAUGAAUAUGUUGAUAGGUGCAUCCACUGUGAGUAGCAUCAUGUCUACGUACCUUUGUUGGCCAGCGUUCUUCACUAAGGCCUACCAAUUAGAGACCAAAGUCUUCUCAAGAUGAAUCUACCUUCCAUAAACCAUACGCUUAUCAUCACUCCUUUUAUUCUUCUCUCUCUCUGUUUUUAUUUUGGUGGUUCAUGUUUCAUAGAGUCAUCGCCCAAGGGGAUUUUAAUCUGGUUCUGCACCUUUUUUU